AUCGCGAAUCGCACCGGUGCGAGGUGGGUCGAACAGUCAUUCCGUCGCAUACAUCUCGCUCGAGUGACUGACUGACACAGCCUCUUGCAAAAAAUCUAGACCUUGUGAUCCUCCGCCGAUUGAGCGAGAUGGUUCUCCGAAUCUCCUUGACGACUCGAUCAGCAAUCGCUACACAAGCUCUUGCCGUUCUUGCGGACAAUCUUCGUGAUCUCGACCUCGGUGAUGCCACUGUACUGGAUCAACAGGACUGGCGGACGACCGCAGAAUCACUGCUCCGCGCGGGCAUGGCGUGGGAUCCCGAUACGCUGAAUCCGAGCGAAAAGACAAAGGCCGCACAGAGCCUGUCCUUGCUGUCCUGCCGAGUCGCUGCCUGCCCUGGACCUCUUGGAGAUUGGGUUCGGAAGGAGGCGAAGGCCUUGGUGGGGCUGUCAAUCUAGAUCGAUUGAUCCGGCGAGCCUACUGUACUACUGAUGAGCAUCUGAAAGGAUUGAUUGAUCGAGAUAUGCGCCGUCCUUGCCAUGCCAUGCCGGUUUUCCUUUGUUCUAAUCACGCGGACCCAAAAUUUGAGCUAGCUUCCUUUGAAACGCGUUCUCAUCAAAGGGGUCCAAAGGGAGUUGGAUAGGUAGAUUGCAUCAUGAUCUUUGAUUGUGCUUGAUCCUCUUCUCAGGAUAUACAGGAUGUUGAAUGUCCCGCCAAACUUCAGGCUUCUCGAUGUCAUCAGCUGCAACUUGAUGUUCUACGUUUCCAAGCCGAGUCGUUCGGAUUUGAAUUAGCUACUUGCUCGCUCGCCGCAGCAAGAGAGCGACACGCGGAAGCGAUCACUUCUGACCGCUAGCUUCGCGUUU